AUGACUCCCACUGCCCGCGGACGGGGAAACAGCCAACGCAGCCCAACCGUCCUGGUCACCGACUCUCGCGAUCAACAACCCGCGUCCGCCCCCCGACAGCGUCGUUCUCCAGCUACGCGCUUCAUUACCGUCGACAAUGUCCUCCAGUACGCCUCGGAUGUACCUUCACAACAGCGGCGCCAACCGCCGCCCAUCUCGCGCUCUCGCCGUCUUGCCUCGGCCGCCGGGGGACUGAUUUCCAGCUCGGGGAGCAGUAGCGCCGCCAGCGCCUCGAUCAACGCAAUCACCAAGGGGGGCCGUCUCGCUGCGCAGCCGCGACUGCCUCCGCGAACGACAAAGGUUAGCGAGAAAUUGGUCUUGCUGCCGGAUACAGGCGAGGUUGGGGAGACGGACGAUGGCGAAGAAGAUGAUACCGAGGGACAAGAUGAGUUGGUGGAUGAGGAACUGGUGCAGCGUCUUGCGCGGAAUCAGCAUCUUGACCCAGAGGCGAUUCGACAGCAAUUGCUGGCCAAAAAGCGACUUGCAGGAGACUUUGGGAUUGACAAUGAUGUUGCGCCAUUGUUGGCGGAGGAAGAAACGACGAGAAGGCGGCGUAUCGGACCUGAGCGAGCAAAAAGUUAUGCGGAACGCUUGCCCAAGGCGCGACGGACGGAGAAGCUCGCACGAGUGACGGCCUAUUGUACGGCACAGGCGUAUAAGAUGGGUUCAGUGGCAGCUUUUGUCAAGGAUGUUCAUGGCGCCCGCACAAAGCUGUAUGAUGAUUGCCUCUAUACGGCGUAUCACUUGCCGUUGCUGCCGGGUCAUGACGGGUAUCGCUUACGCAGCAGCCCGGUGUUGAAAAUCCCCGGUGGCAAGUCGCUGCUUGAUGAAGAGAUUGAGCGGAAUGAGCUGAGGGAUCACCACGACGAUUUUAUGGACGAAGCCGAGGAGCAUUCGGUCGUUGGCCACGGUCGCCAUGAGGAUGAGCAUCAUGAUGAGCGCUCGCCGGGCGAAGCCGAUGGUCACGCUUCGGUGAACACGCACCGCUCUGGGUAUAUGGAUCAAGCCCCCGAAGAAGAUGGGCGGGGCCAGAAUGGAAGAGAUACCAUCACGGAUGCCGACUCCUCCACAGCGGACAGCAGUGGUGCUCGGCCAGAGAGCGAUCAAAUGCAGAAAAGUGCAGAGUCGAGACCCAGGCGCCGUCGUCACAGCUCUGACGACGGUCAGUCUCGUAUGCGGGAACGCGCUUCCCCUCCGCUAACUUCCUCAACGCCGCCCAUCCCCGAAACACCCGCUCGAACUCUUUACAAUGUUGCUGAAAUGUUCGUCUUCAGUUAUGGAGUGGUCGUCUUCUGGAACUUUACAGAGCGCCAGGAAAAGGAUUUACUGGCGGAUCUUGCCUUUGCCACAUCGUCGGCGACGGGUACGCCGAUCCCGUUGGCGACCAUGCCCCUUCAUGAAGAGGACUUUGAAACAGAGGAGUUCCACUUUGAGUACUCGACUGAGAUUUCCCGACCUCGCGUCUACAAUGACAUGAUUACGCUUCGCAGUGGUGACCACAUGAUCAAGCUGGCCAUCAGUCAUGGUAUUUCGCAGAGUACGAAACUGUGCUUCUUUGAAGAGGUCAUGGCUCGUCAAAUGGCAGAUGCCAAGGACGUCCCACGGCGUCUGGCCACGACCGGAAAGCUGGGAAUGAAACGCGAGGAAGUGUUCCGGAUUCUGGGCCGUCUUUUCAAAAGCAGAGUGGAGGUCAAUCUAUCAUCGAACAUGCUCGACGUUCCAAACUUCUUUUGGGAGAGCGAGCCGAACUUGUAUCCUCUUUACAUCGCCGUGCGCGAGUAUCUUGAAAUCAAGCCGCGUAUUCAAGUCUUGAAUGAGCGCUGUCGGGUAUUCCUCGAUCUUGCAGAGAUUCUGUCCGAUUCGAUUGCGGAUAAUCGAACCUCUCAUCAAACUUGGAUUAUCAUCGUUCUGAUCAUUAUUUCUAUCCUUGUCACCAUCUCCGAAGUCUUCCUGCGCUUCGGCUUACUGCACGCCCGUGAAGGCGCUGCCGGAAACCCUGCUUCAAUCAUUGCCCGCGCGAUGGGCCGCUCUCCUCGCGUUCUACCUUCGGUCUCGUCUAAUACGUCAGCGCACAUGAAUGUUCCGCCGGGUUGCAUAUGCCCGUCUGUUCCCCCGUCCGGUGCGCUUGACACCGGAAUCCGUGGUCUGAUGGGUGUCGACUCAUAA